GACCCUCCUGGCCAAAAUGGCGGAAUGUGCAGCCCUUCAGUUUGUCAGUCCUUACGCCUUCGAAGCCAUGCAGAAGGUGGAUGUGGUGCGUUUGGCGGCAUUGAGUGACCCGGAGCUCCGUUUGCUGUUGCCUUGCUUGGUGCGAAUGGCCUUGUGCGCCCCAGCCGACCAGAGCCAGAGUUGGGCCCAGGACAAGAAACUCAUCCUCCGCCUGCUUUCGGGGGUCGAAGCCGUAAACUCCAUUGUCGCUUUGCUCUCUGUGGAUUUUCACGCUCUGGAACAGGAUGCCAACAAAGAGCAACAGCUCAGACAUAAGCUUGGCGGAGGCAGCGGGGAGAGCAUUUUGGUGUCCCAGCUGCAGCACGGCCUGACUCUGGAGUUCGAACACAGCGAUUCCCCCCGGCGGCUCCGUCUGGUGCUGAGUGAGCUGCUGGCAAUUAUGAAUAAGGUGGCCGACUCUACCGGUGAAUUUUUUUUCAAAUCCCCAGAGCUGUUUGAGAGUCCAGUUUAUUUGGAAGAAGCGGCAGAUGUCCUUUGCAUUUUGCAAGCAGAACUCCCUUCGCUGUUGCCCAUCGUCGAUGUGGCUGAAGCUUUGCUCCACAUGAAGAACGGUGCUUGGUUCCUCUGCCUUUUAGUUGCCAACGUCCCCGAUAGUUUUAACGAAGUAUGCAGGGGCUUGAUUAAGAAUGGUGAGAGGCAAGACGAGGAGAGUUUUGGAGGCCGCCGCAGAACCGAUGCGCUGCGUCACCUUUGCAAAAUGAACCCUUCCCAGGCGCUGAGGGUUCGUGGUAUGGUGGUGGAGGAAUGUCACUUACCAGGACUUGGUGUGGCUUUGACACUGGAUCACACCAAGAAUGAGUUUUCGGAGGACGGUGUCAGUGACCUGAUCUGCUUUGUGAGUGGCUUGUUGCUUGGAACGAACGCCAAAGUUCGGACGUGGUUUGGAACUUUUAUCCGGAACGGUCAACAGGUGAGAACAUCUGGGCUUGAUAGAGGAAAAGGUCAUAGCCAAUACUGGUAGUCCUCAAUUUACAACAAUUCAUUUAGCGACUGCUCAGAGUUACAAUGGCGUGAAGGAGUGAUUUCUGAUGGUUUUUGCACUUAUGACCGUUGUGGCAUUCCCCACAGUCAUACGAUCAAAAUUUGGCAAUUGGCAUGUAUUUAUGACAGUCGCAGCAUCCUGGGGUGCAUGUAACCACGAUUUAAAGAUCAACCCAGCCAGUUUCUGACAAGCAAAGU